AUGAUGAAGUUGUCCUAUCAUGGUGUUUCUGUGGUCUUGCCAAUAACAAGGUUCUGUGAAUGGCAUGCGUUUAGCUUAUCUUGCUUUGCUUAUUCUUUAAUAUGCAAAAUGGCAUUUUUGCUUGUACCUCACUGCCUGUGUUUAGUUACUGCUGAUUUUGUAAGACAAAAAUCAUCAUCCGCAGCAACAGCAGCAUUUGAAAGAAAAAGCAGCUCUGAAUGUGAUGGUUGCUCGCCAAGAUUGAAUACAUCAAACUUAGAAGACACUGAUUCAUUCUCUAGAAAUAAUUCUUAUGAAGAAACUUCCCCUGAAAACUGCUCAGUAGAUCAUGAAGCAGAUUUGAAGAACUCCAGAGAGGGUAGAGGGGGUGAGGAGCUGUCAGGUGAAAUCUCGGUUGCUCUUCAACGUUGUCUCUUGGGCGGUAAAAGUGGAUCUGAUGGGAAUCUGCUAGAUGCCCCAGGUACUGCUAUAAAGUAUUAUGUGGCCAAAGAAAAGUCCAGUGGCAUGACUUAUCUUUUAAAGAAACUGAUGUUCCCAAAGGCUGCUUUGAGCAAUACAGGCAUCCCAAAAGUAAAUGUUGCAGCUGGUGCAUCAGGCGAUGAGCAACCAGAGGUUGACGUAAGCGAUGAGGAAUUUCUGCAAUUUGACACAUCUAGGGUCCCUGUCAUAGUUACAUUAACAAAGGUAGGCAGGCACUAUAUUGUAGAAGCCACUUCAGAAGAGGAAUCACAAAUGUGCUUGGCUGUUUCUAUUUCCAUCAAUAGGCAAGGCCGCAUUUGUGGGUUGACAAAACGGGGAGGUGCCGGCCUAGAUCCAAGCAUCAUUCUUGACAUGAUAUCUGUGGCAAAAACAGUAAGUGAGCAGCUGAUAAACACAUUGGAUUCUCAUAUAGCUGCUGCUGAAGCUGGCGAAGAGGAGUCGUGA